AUGAAUAUGUUCUUCGACACGCGCUAUCGUGCAACAAAAUUGUUUUCCUCGAUAGUGGGUCUAUGGCCGUAUCAAUCGCAGUUUAAAAGAAAAAUUAUCCUAUCGUUCAGUAUACUUGUGUUAAUCUCGUAUCUUCCACCUCAGCUGACGCGACUAUAUCAAGUGUGGGGAAAGGACUUAGAUGCGGUGUCCAUGUGUAUACCACCUACGCUCAUUAUCGUAUUUUGCGCAGUUAAGAACAUGGCGAUAAUCUGGUUUGAUUCCGAGAUGAGAACGUUAUUGCGUGAAAUUGAAGCAGGAUGGGCAGAUAUAGCUUUGAAGAAAGAAGAAAAUCAGAUUUUAACGGAUUACGCGUCAAAAACGAGAAUAUUUUGCAUCGCAUAUGCAGCUGUAAUGUAUAAUGGACUUAUAUGGUUCAUCCUAAUGCCGACGAUCUCGCCAAUACUAGAUAUUGUUUUACCUCGCAACGAAACGCGCGUGAGGGUUUUAGGCUUUGACCUUGAUUACGGAAUUGACAUGCAAACUUACUGGGUCUGGUUGUGGUUGCACACCAGUGUGGCUGGGGUGGCGGUUAUAUUUAAUAUUGUUGGUUCGGGCGUAAUAUUCAUUACGUUGACUAUUCACUCUUGUUGUUUGUUCGAGAUAACUAGAAAUAAAUUAGAACAUAUAACCGACAUGAUCAGACUGCAUGCUAUGCAAUUGCUCGAGGAUGAUAAUCAUAACAUCAAGUACAAUGUUUACCAAUACAAAGAGGUGCGAUUGAAUUUGGAAGGGCAAGCUUCUGCAGUAAGAGAAUGUGUUCGUAGUCACAAUAAAGCGAUAAAAUAUGUUCAAGUAGUACACUACAUUUACGCGUGGAGUAUUUUUGUUGAGGUAGCUGUGUGCUUAAUCAACUUAACUGUCUCAUUGCUCCAAUUAGUGAGCAAGCUGUUUCUUUGGAGCGAGAUGAUGAUGUCCGUCGCGUAUAUACUUGGUGAGCUGAUGCACUUGCUCUUUCUCAGCUUAAUGGCACAAUUUAUAUUGGACCAAAGCCUGAAUGUUCACGAAGCAGUAUACUCGAGCGCUUGGUACAAUUUGUCUAGCAAAUUUCAGAAAGACUUCGUGCUGAUUCUAAGGAGAAGUAGUGUGCCGUGCCAGUUAAUGGUCGGAAAUAUGUUCGUAUUGUCGCUGGAAACCUUUUGCACGAUUCUGCAGACAUCAAUGUCCUACUUCACGAUGUUAGCGUCUUUCCGAUGAAUCUCAAAUUAACGUAUUUACUUAGUGCUAGUAAUCAUUGCUUGAG